AAGCCGAAGUUGAGCCGAAUGGCCAAAGAUGGGAUCAGAGGAGUGUCCGUGCUGCGGGAACCUCUUAGCAGCUGGUGUGGCCUACUGCCGUCACUGCGGAGAAGCGGCUCCUGCGCCACGAGCGAUGGAAGGUGGAGUCCGAGCGCAGGACGCCACUGUGCGCCUGGACAGCGCCCUGCAGGACAUCGCCGCCGUGCCGGGGGUCGACCCCAAGCGAUGCCUUCGCGGCCCUUUGCUGCCGCCAGGCAUCUCAAAGCUGCGGAUCGUGGACAUUUUGAACCUCUUUCUGGAAGGAGAGUCGUGGAGCAGCUCCAGAAGUCGGGGGAGGACGCGGUGCCCACGGCCUUCGGCACGCCCUGCACCGCUCCUUCCGUGGCCUCGUCUGGAAGAUCAUCCACGAGGAGCAACAACUCGCAUUGGUCGGCACCAUCUCGGCCCAAAGCAGCGCCGCGGUCCGUGUCGCCUCCCCAGCCUGCGGCCCGGCGGAAAGAGGAUGACCGACGCCCGGAGGAGCUGCGAAGGCUGCGGCAGCAAGCGGCGCAAUGCCAGGAGUUUAAGGAGAUGUCAGAGCAGGCCAACAGCGAGUUGGUUCGGGUCGAGGGAGAGGUGCACCGCCUCAAGGAGCAGCUGGCGCGGGUGUCGCGGCAGAACAAGCAGCUGCUGCUGCAGCUGCGGCAGCAGCGAAUGUCGCACCGCCAGGAACUGCGGCUGCACGCCACCAGCAAAGAGGACGGCAAGGAUGUGAGCCUCCUGACCUACCUACAGGACGCUCCCGAGCACCAAGACACACAGUUGCAGAAGGACUUGGCGACCCAUAGCGCGGAGGUGCGGCUAUGCCUCAGGAAGGCGAUGCGGCAGGUGCUGCUGGACCACCUCACACUGGAGGACCCGACCGUCGAGGCCCUGCAGAGCCACGUUCGGGAACUUUGGGCCUCCAUGCACAGCCUCUGGCGAGCGGAGCUGUUGGAGGAUGACAUUGUGGAAGACAUCUUCCACAAAGUGCCCAGCCUUUGCAGGGGUAGUCCGACCAGCGAGGCGGAUGAGCCACAAUGGCCCGAGGUUGCAGAGCAAGCUGAGAAGCAAGUUCUACAGAUGCUGGAGAGGCUCUCCUUCGUCGACAUCUCGCCUGGCCGCGAGAGCCUGCGUACUCGCAGGGCACCUGCACCGCCCACCAGCGCGGACACAGGAAGCGAAGAUCGGGAUGCAGCAGGGGAGACGGAGAUGGCGCCGGCCAAGGAGGUGAGCCCAGCAAGGUCCAAGCGCGUUUCAGGUGAGAAGCCGGCCACGCCCUCCUUCGGCAGCCCUUGGCGCAGACCCAGCCGGAGCCCGUCGCCCACGCUGCGGCACGCGCCUUCCAUGCCGGCGGUGCUCAUUGCAGGCCCCGUGCUGAAACCCGCAAGACAGCGGCCGCAGGCGGUCGUUGUCGAGGUGGCGCCUGCGCCUAAGAGGCGGACCCGCUCCCCGGACGUGUCCCUCUCCCCGAGGGUUCCUAUGAAGCGCGCCGAGGUGCGUCCGAGAAGCCUAUCUCCGGAGAUGGCGAAGAGGAUGCAGAAGUCGGGUAGAUGAGAUCCAACCCAGCACCCAGCUUGCACCGAUCCGAUGCACA